GAGAGACAGAGGGAAGGAGAAGGGACUCGGAGCGGCACACAGAGCCUUUCUGUUCUCAGCUCCCACUUUGCUGGAGCUCCUCCACCAGACAGCACUCACCCAUCCACCAUCGCUCUCACUGCACGACAGCUGACAGCACCUUCUUGUUGCAUUCCAGCGGCACGCCAGACCGCACAGUCUGAACGAAACCGAGUGAAAACUGACUCGAUCUCUCUCGCAAACAGAAGCAGGCACACCAGCUUUUCGGGAGGAGAAGCUGGGUUGAGGCUGGAGGGGCUGACUGAAGAAUGGAAUGGAACCUCAGAAGGAUGGAAAGUGAACUGAGGCAUAUCAACCCGGACCUGCUGCAGCCGAGCAAGAGCUUCAAGAAACCCUCCUCAGGCACCAUCACCCUCAAUGUAGGGGGCUUUCUGUACACCGCCCACCGGACCACCCUUUCCAAACACCUGGGGUCCUUCCUGGAAGAGCUGGCCAAUGGCAAGAAGCCUGUCCAGCACACCGACUCUAUGGGCAACCCGUUUAUCGACAGGGAUGGCCCGGUUUUCCGCCACGUGCUCAACUAUCUCCGAACUGGAGAGCUGCAGCUGCCCGAUGACUUCCGGGAGGCAGGGCUCUUGCGGCGGGAGGCUGAUUUCUACCGGCUGAGUGAACUGGUUGAGGCCGUGGCCGAGUGGGAGAACCAUAGGGCGGCCCAGCGGGAACCAGCCUUUCUGGAGGUGACAGACAGCCACGAGAGAUCGCAGGGCCUCAAGGUGUACUGCAGCGACGCUGGCUUCAUUGAGAAGGUCAAAGCGCGACUGGUGCAGAUCUCCAAGAGUCGGCUCGAUGGCUUUCCGGAGGAAUUCGUCGUGUCCUCGAACGUGAUCCAGUUCCGGCACUUCAUCAAAUCUGAGCCUGGCUCACGACUCGUCCUGAAGGAGGACAGCACCUUCCUGUGCACAUUGGACUGUCUGAAACUGGAAACAGUGAUGCUGGCGCUGAAGUCGGGCUUCAAGCUGGUCACCGCCCUAGACAGCAGCAAGGGCUCCGUGGUGACGGCUGAGGCCCUCCACUUUGUAAAAUAGGAUGAAGGGAAAGAAAAGAGGAGAGGAUAGACAGGAACCAGUUAAGUGUGGUGCCCAAGAACCACAAGGUAUCGGUUUGAAAGUCUUGUAAGAUGUUGUUCUGUGCAAUGUGAUUGAACACAGAGAAACAGUGGGUUGGACUUUCUCACGGUGUUUAUAAAGUUACUACACAGCAUGUAUGGGCCGGUAUGAGAUUCUCAUCGUAUGAUAACUUUGACUAAAAAUAAUCAGGUUUCAUGGUAAUUACACAAAUUUUCAAAUAUAAGUGUUAAAGAUUAAGCUGAUCUUAUUUAAAAUAGUAAAGAAAAAAUUUUUCCUACCGAAGUGAAAGAAAUAUAAAAGUUAUAAUAUAGGCAAAAUAAUAUCGGUAAUUUAUUUCUAUAAAAAGGAACUUAAGCACACUUGAUUUUAGCUGGUUAAUUAGUCUUGCUAUCUACUCCAAAAUCCAGCCAGCAGUUGGCUGCACGUUAUUUGCCAACUGUUCCCCUAAUCAGAGUGAUGGUUAAUGCUCCACAUCUGGACUGUCUGCAUUUUCAUGAUAGAAAAUAUUUCCAAACAUCCUAGUUUGUCUUACUUGAAAAGGGAAGAGUGCAUAAACCUUUAAUCAGCAAGCUAACCUAUAGUUCGCAAGCAACAGGUGAGGGAGGAGCAGCUUUUACAAGACUGUUGUCACUAUAGCACUCUCUCCGGCAUCUCAUUAAAAGGACUUUAAACUGCAGGAAUGGUGUGAUGAAAUAUUUAAAAAACAUCUUGAAACCUGUAACCAGCCCCUGCCUACUGCACCAGGGUGACUUAUAAACAAAGUUUACAGCAGAAUUGCAUUUCAACAUCAAAAUUUGCACUCCUCAUUUCCACAACUCAGAAUAAUCCAGAUCAUCCUCACAGAAGAUAGUCGCAGAUAGUCCAUUCUGAACACCGACAGCUUUACCAGUGGGUCCGUUUCUGCUUGUCAACGGCUGCAAAAGCCUUCACAACCAGCCGUGAUGUGCACUGUUGUGCCAUUCAGCUUUUAUAACAGUCCCUGUGUGAGUGCAUGUGUGUGAAAGUGUGUGUGCUGUGCUUCGCUGGCGUAAUAGCUUGUGUUCACUUUAUUAGCUUCUCUGGAGCCUGAAGGGGGAAAAAAAGCACAGCUCAUUAAGGUUUAUCUAGACUGAGAAAACAAAACUUCACCAAAUGUUCAAGAGCAAAGAACUGUGAUGAAUGUAAGGGCUUUGAAUCUAGCAUGAUGCAUGUGCACUGAAUAAACCCUGUGUUUGUCAGCGCUGUGAGCCUCUGUAAAAGCCAACUCUGACUUUUAAAUGUGAAUAUUUUACAAAUAAAGUGAGUGUUAAACUAU